CAAAGGAAAACCCUUCCAAAACCGAGCUCCAAAAGCUGGUCGAGGAACUUCGAAAGAUCGAUUCGAAGAGGGUCGAUGGCAAGUUUUGUGUCGGCCCUGGAGCCUCCACUGUCCCGCCCUCCCAGGCCAUUUGUUCGUCCCUUGUGGAGGAUUGCUUUGACAUUGCACACGAAAUCAAGGCGCGAGGAUAUUCCAUCAGUCUUCCCGAUGAAUUGAAGCCAGUGUAUGAACGACUAAAGGAGAUGAGAACCGAGCUAGAGAGACUCUCAUUGACUCAUCGUUGGACGCUUAGAGAGACAGACCUUUACAAUUAUGCUGUCGCACUAAGAGAUAUUGACCAGAUGCGAAAAGAUGGAAAGUGGAAUGUCGGCGGUCUUGUCGAUGGAAAACCAAGCCAAGGACAAUAUGCAAACAAGCUCUCUACAGUAAAGAAAGUACUAAAUGAAGUACUUCGUUAUGGUGGACCUUUCCAUCCUAGAGAAUUGUAUCCAUACCAAUUGGCAUUGUUCCAAGUAGACAGUAUGGUGAAAGAUGGAAAAUUUGUUGGCAAGGAUGGCUCUAUUCCCGAAGGACAGGGAAUAGUCAUGGCCCAUCUGAAUGAAUGUCACGAACUCAUAGAGCUG